AUGGCUUCAAUAACAGCAGGGCUCCAAAAGAUAAUGGCAAGACAGAAAAAGAAAAUGGAAUUGGCAGAUAAAAGAAUGGAGGAGAGACACAUCAAAAUAAAAGAAGCAAUUAUAUCAAAUGACAUUGCAAAUAGAAAUUCAAGAGAAGAUGAAGAUACAAAGAAAGUCAGAAGAAGGCACCACUCAGAGAAGCCCUUCCGAGGAUGUACAGAGGAAGAAGCAGAGCAUGAUUUAGCAGAGAUAUUCGGUGUAAAAUCGGACAAGUACAUGCACAUCCUGCCAGAUGGAAAAACCAUGGUUGUCAUUAAGAAACAAGUCAUUACAGAGGGAGACAUGGUAAGGAUAGAAAAAGGGGAUUUAUUUGAAGUUGGUGUAGUAAAGCACCUUCAUAAAGGAGCACUUAUUUUGGCGAGUAAAGACAGAGAAAAGAAAUAUCCAUUGAACAAACUCCUUUCAUCAAGAUAUUCUAUACAGCCGUACAUAAAUAGAAGAAAGGAUUCUAUAUAUAACUCACCCGCAUAAUCAAUCUAUCAACAGAAAGUACCCCAAUUAAAUCUAUGAUAGGAAAUAAUAAAUGCCUGUAUUUUGC